AACCCCCCGGCGAAUGUUUGCCAUGUAGUCAAAGUCCGGGCCUAUUUAAGAGCCGGUGCACAUUUGGUCGCCGAACAUUAGCUCGUGACAAUCCGUGCAAUCAACUUGCAUCAACUCCUCCAGUCCGUCCAGCGUCUCCACUGCAGUUUUAUUUGCUGAUUUUUUGAAAGGCAAAAAAGUCCAAACAACAAAGAACAAGAUGUCUCUCCGAUUGGGUGCUAUCGCCCUCGUCCUGGCGCUCUGCGCCGUCUCCGUCCACUCGCAGGUGUGGGGCUACGUUUCUCAGAGCUUCUCGCUCGUCCGUUCCGACAUCCUCGAGGCUGCCCCCUACGAGCUCGUCGCCAACAUCUCCAACCGAGAUGCCGGAGAGAACUACGAAGAGCGCCUCUACCCCGCCAGCAAAUGGGCCUGCACUGCUCGCACCGUCCCCAAGACCGAGAGCUCUCCGACCCGCAGCAUGUUCGUCGACCUCUUCCGAUACUUUGCCGGAGAUAACUCUGCCAAGAAGGAAAUUGAUCUGACCGUGCCCGUCAACACCUUCGUCCAGCAACGCGACAACGAUGUCACCUACUACGAGACUUGCUUGGUCUUGCCCGCCAAAAUCCAGUCCGAUGCCCCCAAGCCCAACAAUCCGUCCGUUUUCCUGGACGAGAAACCCGAAAUGGUCGUCCUCACCAGACGCGUGAGUGGCUACUUUAUCACCGACACUGCCUGGGAGGAGGAGGCCAUCAGCCUGAAAAAAGUGCUCAAGGAGAAGGUGCCCGAGGCUGACUACUCCAGCUACUACCGCAACGGAUACGACGCCCCCAUGAGGAUAUUCAACCGCCGCAACGAGGUUUGGUUCAGGAAGACCGGCGAGGCCGCCCAGAAGACCAUCGAUGACUACAAGAAACGCCAAGCCGAGAAAAUCGCCGCCGCUCCCGCCGAGGAGGAGAAGAAACCCGUAGCCGAUGAGAAGAAACCCGUAGCCGAUGAGAAGAAGACCACCGAGAAGAAGACCGAAGAGAAGAAAAAGGUCGAGGAGGUCAAGAAGACCGAAGAGCCCAAGAAGGACGCCGCUCAAAAUAGAGAAUAAAGUUGGACGUUUUUGAUUUUUUUUUUUUGUUUUGUUUUUUUCCGAAAUCCUCCUGCCCCCAUCCCCAUAUUAGUGCGGAAGAGAGUGCUCCUUUUUCUCUGAAGGACGCUGCUGC